AAACAACUAAGCUUUCCUUCUACUAUCUUGUGUAUUAACAGUUUAACACUAUUCAAAUCCCUACUUCUGCAGUGUUGUUGGAGCUGCAACGCUAUCAAUAGGUUUUUAUGCAGUAAUUUGGGGAAAGGGAAAAGAAGAAGAAAUUAGUGAAGACUGUGGCUUUGAUAGCUUGAGAGGCUUACCUAUUGGUAAAGCUUGAAAGGAAAGAGAGAAUAAUAACUUAAAGAGGAAGCAAAUUGAUAAAGAAGCAAUAAGAUAAUCUUCUUCUUUAUGAAUUUGCAUUAAGAACUGUCUCGAUCUGUGUGUGUGAGCAAUGGCAUGGAGGUAUGCUCAGAAGGAUGUAAUUCUGCCAUUCACCGCCAUGGUUACAAUGGAGUGCAUCUAUGUUGGGUUGAACAUCUUCUUUAAAGCAGCCACCUCAAGAGGGUUAAGCUACUAUGUCUUCAUUGUCUACUCUUAUGCAAUUGCUACUCUUCUUCUCCUUCCUCUACCUUUCAUCUUUCGCAGAACAGGGCUUCCUCCAUUCAAGCUCUCACUCCUCUUUGAACUUUUCCUCCUUGGACUGACAAGGUUUUUGGGUAAUUUAUGUCUAUAUAAAGGUAUUGAAUACAGUUCACCAACUCUUGCUUCUGCUAUUGGCAACCUGUCUCCAGCUUUUAUAUUCAUACUAGCUGUAAUCUUCAGGAUGGAAAGGCUAAGUUUCAGAAGCAGCAGCAGUCUAGCCAAAGUCAUGGGCACUUUAGUAUCAAUAUCAGGUGCAAUGGUAGUGGUUCUGUAUAAGGGACCAACUAUUCUAUCCACUACAGCAGAAAAGAAUUGGGUAACAGGUGGCCUAUUAGUCGCUGUUGGGUUCCUUAUGUUCUCAACCUGGUCUAUCCUUCAGAAACAUAUCAUGAAGACAACGUGCACAGAUGAGCUAGUCCUUGCCUUCUUAAACAACCUGUGUGGGACAAUUAUAUCAGCACCUGUAUGUUUCUUAGAAGAAAAAGAGUUGGGUGCCUGGAUAGUGAGGCCUGGUAUACCGUUGCUUGCCAUUUUAUACUCGGGAGCCUUUGGUUCAUCCCUCAACAUUCUAGUUCACAUGUGGGGCGUGAACGUCAAGGGUCCUGUCUAUGUAUCGAGCUUCAAGCCAUUGUCAAUUGCCAUUGCUGCAGCUUCUGGUGUCAUUUUCCUUGGUGAUGAUCUCCAUCUUGGCAUUGUUGUUGGAGCUGUAAUGCUAUCCAUAGGGUUGUUUGCAGUACUAUGGGGAAAGGCAAAAGAAGAAGAAAUGAGCGAAGACUGUGGCUUUGAUAGCUUGAGAGGGUUACCUAUUUGUAAGAAACCUCUGUUGGAAAGCUACAAAGUUGAAAACAUGUAACAUUAUUUUUCUUAUUAACACUAGCUGAUUAAAGAUUUUUCAGAAAGGCAAAAA